AUGGAGAAAGACGGAAUAUGUGCUGCCGACAAUAACGGUUCUCACGUCGAUGAGACCGUGCCAGGUGACGCGAUUCGUAAAAUUCGCGAAAUGAAGGCCCACCAUCACUGGGACGCUAACCUUCCCGAUGAAAUUGCCGACGAGAUGGAUCAGGCUCUCCAAACUACUGACCGUGAUCUCCAGGAAGGUAUCGCCCAAGACCUUCUGCAGGUCUCUCCUUACCCCGAGGUUCUUGCUGCCGUUCCUAACUUUGACGAGGGUGGAACUGGCAACACCCUUCGCGCAUGGAUCUUUGGCUUGUUUUUCACCACCCUAGGUGCCGCAUGCAACCUCUUCUUUUCCAUGCGUAAUCCAAGUAUCUCUCUGUCAACUUACAUCCCUCAGCUGCUGUGUUUCCCUUUUGGUAAAGCAUGGGAAAAGUGGAUGCCUGCCAAAAGCUUCAAGCUCUUCGGCGUUCAGUUCAAUACCAACCCUGGCCGUUUUACCAAAAAAGAGCAUGCACUGGUGGUCAUUAUGGCCAAUGCUUCCUACGGUGUGGCCUAUGCAACUGAUAUCUUGCUAGCACAGAAAGUGUUUUACAAGCAAUCCUUUGGAUGGGGCUUCGAACUUCUCUUGUGUAUCUGCACUCAGAUGGUGGGAUUUGGAAUGGCAGGCAUUUUCCACAAGUUUUUGGUCAACCCAGCAGCCAUGAUUUGGCCUUCAGUUUUGAUUAACACGGCCAUGUUCUCGGCCUUGCACGACCACGAGAAACCAGCUGCAGCCACAGUCUCUGGUUGGACCCUUGGUCGUAACAAAAUGUUCACGUACUCCAUGGCAGGAUCCUUCUUCUGGUACUUCUUUCCUGGAUACAUUGCUCCCUUUCUCAGCGUGUUUGUAUUCGUCACUUGGAUUAAGCCUCAGAAUGUCGUCAUAAACCAGCUGUUGGGUGGUUAUUCCGGGCUAGCCUUACUCCCAAUCACUUUUGACUGGACCACAGUUACUGCUUUCACAGGCAGUCCGCUGAUGACGCCCUGGUUCGCCAUUGGGAACUGUUUGAUUGGACUUGUGGUCUUCUUCUUUAUUCUUACUCCUGGAAUCCAUUAUUCCGGCCUUUUCUACAACGCCUACCUACCCAUGAGUGACAGCCGGACCUAUGCGAAUACUGGACACAGCUACAAGGUUGCGAAUAUUCUGACACCAGAAUUCCUCUUUGACGAGGAGAAGUAUAGAAACUACUCGCCACUGUUCCUAUCAACCACCUUUAUGCUCACCUAUGGAUUGUCGUUUGCCAGUGUCAUUGCGGUUGUUGUACACGCUGCUCUCUUUCAUGGAAAAGACAUUUGGAAUCGAAUGUGCAGUUCCAGUAGAGAGGAUGAUGACAUUCACUACCGCCUUAUGAUGAAGUACAAGCAGGUUCCGCUUUGGUGGUAUGGCGUUGUCUUCGUGGUAAUGGUAGGCGUCUCGUUCGGUGUCGUCCUUGGAUAUCCUACCCAUUUCACCUGGUGGGCGUUCCUAAUUUCCUUGGUCAUCCCAUUUAUAUGGUGGCUUCCUAUUGGCGUCCUUGCAGCGACUGCAAAUAUCGGCAUCGGAUUGAACGUCAUUACUGAGUUCAUCAUUGGCUACAUGCAGCCUGGUAGACCCAUGGCCAUGAUGCUGUUCAAAACGUUUGGCUACAUCACUUUGGCUCAGGGCCAAUCAUUUACCUCUGAUAUGAAACUGGGUCACUACAUGAAAAUUCCUCCUCGCCUGACAUUCUGGGCCCAAAUGGUUGCCGCAUUCUGGGCAGCUAUCAUCCAAGUAGGCGUCUUGAACUGGUCCCUUGACAACAUCGAGGGUAUUUGUACACCCGAUCAAAAGAACAAAUUCAGCUGCCCGGUAGCCGGUGUUUUUUUUAACGCCUCAGUAAUUUGGGGUGUUAUUGGACCGGCCCGAAUCUUCUCCAUUGGACAAAUGUACGGACCCUUGGUGUGGUUCUGGCUUGUUGGUGCCCUUCUCCCCGUUGCGAUUUAUGUCGGAGCACGAAUCUUCCCUCGCAGUCCCAUUCGCUUCCUCAAUGCACCAAUCAUUUUCGGCGGUACUGGGAAUCUCCCGCCAGCAUCCACGCUCAACUAUCUCAGCUGGGGUAUCGUCGGAUUCGUUUUCCAGAAGUAUAUCCGUAACCGCCACCGUGGCUGGUGGCUGGAGUACAACUAUGUCUUGUCGGCAGGUCUGGACGUGGGUCUUAUGCUUUGCACCUUGUUGAUCUUCUUUGCUCUUCAAUUUCAACAGAUUGAAAUGCCUGACUGGUGGGGCAAUACUGUCGGCACAGACACACUUGAUUCGACUGGCAAAGCUGUUCAGGUUAUUCUACCAGAGGGCCAAAUUUUUGGACCGAAGACCUGGUAG